CCCAAUCAGAACUUAGCCAAAUCAUUGCUGAGAAAAAGAAAGAACAAUUGCAACAAACUAACUCAACUAAUUCUUUGCCUCAUUUAUUAAUAGGAGGAAUAAUAGUGUUGAUGAUAGGAA